GCAGCCAUUACAGUUUGUCGACAGCCUUCGUGGAGAAAAGUUCGUGCUCCGUGUGAAAAAGUGAAAUUACCCCGGAAAAACUAGUGAAAAACUGUUCAAAAACAGCGAAAAAGUGAUCCCCAAGCCAGAAAGUGUCCCGCCGUGAAAUGGCCACCCAUCAGCAGCAGCCCCUCGAUGCGAGCACGCCCGAAGAUGAAAACCUGUUCAUAAACGCUAGCGACGGCCUGUCGAACGAACACCCGGCCCUGCCGUCCGCGUACGCCGACUCGGACAACGAGGACCACAAUCUGGGCGGCGGCGCCGGCGACGAGAACGACCUGCUCGAAGAUCUGCCCACCUCGAUCAUCGUCACCCAAAUCCACUCGGAGGUGUUCACCAGCGAGGAGCUCAAAUCCCGCAUGGAGGACCUGUUCCGCACCAUCUCCGACAAGGCCACCUUCCAGUGGCUCAAGAGCUUCCGCCGGUUGCGCGUCAACUACGACUCGGCCCUGGCCGCCGCCAACGCGCGCAUCCAACUCCACCAGUACCCCUUUGGCAAGUCCGUCAUCACGUGCUACCUGGCCCAACCCGUCACCCCGGUCUCGAACACGAACCUCAAACCGCCCGCCCUCACCAAACAGUUCCUCAUCUCGCCGCCGGCGUCCCCCCCGGCCGGCUGGGAACCCGCCGAAGAGAACGAACCCCUCGUCAACCACGACCUGCUGGCGGCCCUCGCGAACCUCACCCCCGGCGAAAUCCACGAAAUUCACGCCCAGUCCGACGAACAUCCGGGCAUUGUGCUGCACACGGCCAACACCGCAGGAGGAGGAGCGGGGGAAGUGACGGUGGCCGCGGCGGACGACGAGCCGAGCAACAAAUCGUCCGCCGGCAGCAGCUUCGAGGAGGAGGACGACGACGGAAACUUUGUCCCGCGGCGGGGACGGAUCGUGCAGACGCGGUGCCCCGAGCGGAAGAACUCGACUUAAGCUGGGACGUCUUAUGAGAGGAGGGCGGUGAUUUUAUGUUGUGUCUUUUUUUUAGAUGAAUUGGAGGAAAAGUUUUGUGAUUCGUUGCGGGUUUGUCGAGGAGAAAGGCUCAGUUUUGUGUGGAUUACCGAAUUUGAAUUGUACAUAAGUGAAUGCUUUAAAUUUUGUAAAUAUCGAUAGUUGCGUUCUUGCGUCAGAGUCAUCAAACAGUCGUGUUUCCUUUUAUUUAGGGUGCUUCGUCCUUCGUUUGAGGUCAUUUGGUAAAAUCUAAGUUAGUCAUAUUCAGAAGGUAAUUCUGCGUCAACAUGGCAAAUUUUAUCAAAAUAAAAAUAAAAUCUUUUGUCAGUUCAACAGAAAA